AUGUCGAUUCUUGUCUUGGAAAAAGAGGAGUUUUUUGGCUAUGACGCUCUAGAUAGAUUCAUUAAACUAAGGGGAACUGAAAAAAGCAUUUUUAUCCACAAAAUGAAUCUAAUUUCACCAGAGGGUAGAGAACUCCAACUUAGCCAUGCUAAAAUUUAUACCAAGAUACUUGACUAUAUUGUAAGAAAAGUCAAGGAAAGGGCCAACGAGACACUUCAACAUGCUAAACACCCAGAAAAUAUAGAAUAUGUAAUUACUAUCCCAAGCCAUUGGAAAUAUUCAAAGAAAGAUCUCAUGAAAACAUUUAAUGACGCAAUAAAGGAAUCAGGAGAGAUAAAAGGAGCCAAGAGAACCAUAACUGUGUCCAAAGCUGAAGUGGUUUCCCCUUUUUUACAUGAAGUAAAGGCCGAUGUUUUGUGUCAGAACUUUAAUGUGGACCACUUAUCAUUUAGUGACGAAACAAAGUAUGCAAUAUUAGACAUAGGCAGCAGUGCGUGUGAAUUGACAAUUCUAACUGCACAAAAAGAGGGAAAAGAUCAAGCAGAUGAACCAGACAGAAGAGAAUGGGGGACAAAAAGUGUUGAAGAUGGAUCCCUAAAUUUUCUAAACAGAAUUUUUGGAUUAGAUGUAAUGGAAGACUUCGAAAGAAAUAAGGCAGAAUUAGAAGAGUUACAUCUCUCAUUUGAAAAGAUAAAGACAAACAAAAACACAUUCAAGUUAGGUGCAGAACCUGUUGAAAUACUAUACCAUCUAUUAUGAAAACACUAACUGAGGGGAGGAAGAGUUCGCCACAAAUGCAAAUUAAAAGAUUCAACAAUGA